UCAGCAAUCAGCAACAACUGCUCAACCAACAAGCAAAAUGGCUGCGUUUGGGCUUCACUUCGGCACGUGUUCUGGUUGUGUUGCUGUUUAUAGGGAUGGUAGAACAGAUGUGGUAGCAAAUGACUUAGGAGAUCGUGUGACCCCUGCUGUUGUGGCAUUUACUGACCACGAAGCUUCUGUUGGAGCAGCAGCAAAGCAGGGAAUCAUCCGGAAUGCUAAUAACACUGUGUCACACGUUAAACGAUUGAUCGGCUGCAAAAUGGGUGAUGCAGCGGUGAAGGAAUACAAGGAGAUAUCAAGUGUGACUGUGGUGGACCAAGGGGGAAGCCCAGCAUUUGAAGUGGAGCACAAAGGCCGAACUGUGAGGUACAUGCCCACAGACAUCAUGGAAAUGAUUUACUCAAAACUGCUUGAAACUGCCCAAAGCCACGGAGGAAGUGGCAUCCAGGACGCUGUGCUUGCUGUGCCACCAGAGUUCUCUGAUACUCAAAGGGCCAUUGUCAGUGCAUUAGCCAAGAAAGCAGGCUUCAACAUUUUACGAGUAAUCAACGAACCAUCAGCAGCCAUGUUGGCGUUUGAUGUAGGACAACUGGACCAGACAGAACGCUUUAAAACAGUGGUGUAUCGGUUGGGUGGCACAUCCCACGAGGCAACUGUCAUGGAAGUUGAACACGGGAUGUUCCGCUGUGUGUCCACGAUAUCUGAUAGCCAGUUUGGAGCCAACAUGUUCACCAAAGUUCUUCAAGAUUUUCUUGCAACAGAAUUUAAAAGACAAUUCCGCAGUGACCUACGUGAAAACAAGCGUGCUGUUACCAAACUUGGUCUGGCUGCAGAACGCUGUAAACACUCGCUGACCACAAUGAUCCACGCUCAGUGCGCUGUGGAUUCGCUCUAUGAUGGCUGUGACUUCCAUUACACCAUGUCAAGGGCGCGGUUUGACAGUCUGUGUCUGCCUUUGAUAUCCAAGUGUACUCAGCUGAUUGACCAGGCCUUGGCUCAGGCUGGAUGUGGAAAGGAAGAUAUCUCUAAGGUGAUCAUCUGUGGGGGUGGGGCCAAGACUCCUUUGGUGAAGAAAGUUGUUGGAGAUUAUUUCUCCUCAUCCACCAUUCUGAACAAUAUUCCUGAGGAUGAGAUCAUCGCUCUUGGUGCAGCAAAAGAGGCUGCCUUGUUAGUGGGAGAUGGCAGUGAGAAUGUUUCAGUGGACCAGCAGUCCAAGGUCAUGUUCAAGUUCUUACCAAAGUCUGUGUGCCUCAAGCUGAGUGCUGAGGAGCUGGAGGUAGUCCUUCCUCAGCACGCGUUGGCCCCAGCUCGCAGACAGCACACCCUCACUCUGCCAGCAGCACAGACGUGCGCAUCAAUGGAGAUCUUCCAGGCAGAUGAGCCAGCUACACUGGAGACUGCCCAGCUUCUUGCUAAGCUGGUACUCCGUGAUUUACCUCCAGGCUCCACUAUCAAGUCCAAUUUCCACCUGAAAAGGGAAGGCGACCUGCACAUAACCUGUCAUGAGGUGACGUCGGACAAGUCAGAGAGUGUCACCAUCCCCUGCCAUUGACACAUGCUGUAUGCUAGUGAUGCUCAUCUAUUAUGUCUGUCCUCAAAACAAAUGUUUUGCUUUAUUCUUCACUGCUACUAUUUUUAUCUUCUGAUGUCACUUCCCUGCCGCAUAUCCUUAUUUUGGACUUAUCAAUUGAACUAAGAACAGCAGCAAAAUGUGCAGUGAGCUAUUUGGGAUGGCAUUAUACUGCCAUACAGGUUGUGUUCACUCUUUGGAAACAUCAUCAGCUUUUGUUGAGAGGGCUAUGAAAUCCGAUAAUAUAGGUUUUCACUCAUUGUCACAAAAAUACUGACAAUUCCUCUGGAUUCACUGACAUCAAAAAGUGUUAUCACAGAUCACCACUUCUUAUCUUCAGUUAAAUUUAUGGGACUAUUUUGAAGUCUUUUUCCUUACAAAUUGAAGGCUUGCUCACAUGAUUUUAUGCUGUACUGUUUAUUCCAAUUUACUCUCUCAGUCCGCAGGGACUGUACAAUCGUGCAGCCCGUAAGCAAUUAACGGCUAUCAUUUAGAUUUUAUGUCUUUGUCCAGAGUUCAUUUGCUGGAUUAACAGACAAAUAAGCUAAAUUACCUUUUCAAAGGAUGCAGUAUUGUAACCAGGUCUGCAGGAAACCAAACACCUGAUCCUAUGAUUAUGAGUUUGAUGCCUCAACCACGAGACUAAGACAUCAAAAAGUGGUCAACUAUUUUUAUGGAUAUAAAUUUUGUUGCUUUUGCACUCAGUGCCUGUGUUUGUGUUUCCAAUUUGGGGACCCCAAUGUAAUUUUCUACAGUCAGUAGUUGAAAAUUUCGUUUGAGCUUUCUGCAUGUUGGACAUGUCCUUGACAAUCUAAACCCUUACCACCCUUUUUAUUUCUUGAAAGUUCAUUUUAUCAAAUCAUGAGUCAUAGCUUUGUGGCAUUAUUAAGCAGUUUUUGUUGUAUGAGUGAAUCAUAAGACAUAAUGGGAAAGUCAAAAGCCUGUCAUAUUGAAAAGAUAAUAUGACUGUAUUGUGAGCUGGCUGCGCUUGGUCGGAGCAUGAGUGUGUUGAACAGUGUGUGUCUGACCUUGUGAUGAACAAUUUGGGAGUCGUAAAACCAUGGUGUGAUCGUGAAGCAGUCUAUUACUCUUAUCUAAGAUAGGAUACAUUUUGAGGUGUUGAAGAUUUUGUAUUUUCUCAUCAAUGGUCAUGAAGUUUUAUAAUGCGUUAUCACACAAUGUCUGAGACGUACUGUUCAGUUUUCUCAUUGACAAGGUUUGUAUUUUAUCAUCACAGCAUUGAUAUUUUGAUGUUUAAAAUGUGUAAAUAUGCUUGUAAGUGCAUUCUCUCCCAACAUGUGUAAAUAAAUGGUUUUUGAAAGUUU